UUUUUCCCAUGUGUUACUAACUUCGGUAACAUUUCUAUUAUUUCCUGGAAACUUUGGGAGUAGGGGGGGAUACUGACAGGUAAUACAAGUUUAGGCACACUAUAUCUGUAAUAAUGGCCAGAAAAAAUUACACUUUGCUGACUGAGUUCCUCCUGUUGGGAUUAGCAGACACGCCAGAGCUACAGAUUCUCCUCUUUCUGCUUUUUGCUGUGAUUUACACACUUACAGUUCUGGGGAAUGUUGGGAUGAUCUUAUUAAUCAGGAUGGAGUCCCGACUUCACACUCCCAUGUAUUUCCUCCUGGCUCACCUGUCUUUUAUGGACGUUUGUUAUUCAUCCACCAUCACUCCAAAGAUGCUGGCAGAUUUAUUGUCAGAGAAGAAAACCAUCUCCUUUGCUGGCUGCUUCCUGCAGAUGUACUUCUUCAUAGCCUUUGCCACAACUGAAUGCAUCACUUUUGGGUUAAUGGCCUAUGACCGGUAUGUGGCCAUCUGCAACCCUCUGCGUUACUCCUUGAUCAUGUCCACCACAGUCUGCCUAAAAAUGGCAGCUGGGUCUUUCACAGCAGGGCUGUUGAACUCCAUGGUUCACACAGGUUAUGUAAGCAGCUUGCCAUUCUGCGGGUCCAGGGUCAUCCAUCACUUCUUCUGUGACAACCCUCCAAUUUUUAAGCUCUCGUGUUCUGACACUCACCUGUAUGAAGUCAUUUUGUCCACAUUUGCUGGUGUGAAUAUGGUCGGGACUCUGCUGGUGAUCCUCGCCUCCUACGGCUGCAUCCUCUUCUCCAUCUUUCGGAUGCAUUCCGGGGAGGGCAGGCGCAAAGCCUUCUCCACGUGUGCCUCUCACCUGACAGCCAUCAUUCUGUUCUGUUCCACCUCCACCUACACUUACCUGAGACCUAGUUCCAGCUACUCCCUGAGUCAAGACAAAGUGGCUUCCGUGUUCUACACGGUGGUCAUCCCCAUGUUGAACCCUCUGAUCUACAGCCUCAGGAAUAAGGAAGUGAAGAAGGCUCUAUGGAAUGCAGUUCCUAGGACAAGGAUCCCUUCAUGUCUGUGA